AUGAAAGAUAUAAAACCAAACAGUGGUUCCUUUUCAAAAGAAGCUGCUAAAUUUAAUUCAUAUGCUAAACAAUUUAAUAAAAAACACUCAAGUAAUACAGUAACUUCUUUAUUAUGUGCACAGCGCUUAACAUUACUUCUUUCUUCUACACAACCACCAACGAUAAUACCAACAUUAUAUGAAAUUUGGGAUUCUUGUUUACUUAUUGCAUUAGAGAUAGAAACAGAUACUACACUAUUGAAUUUACUUAUGACAGUUAUCACUCAUCCAUUAUUUUAUGAAAAUUUCUCAGCAGAUACAUCAAGUAAUAUGUAUUCAUUGUAUCGUGAUCAUUUAAAACGAACUCUUGAUUUUGUAAUUAAAGGUUUGUCUCGAAUGACAUUCGACAUUGUUCUACCAUCUGCAAUUUAUAGAGGAACAGUGGAUUCUCUUCAUACAGAAUUAGAAAAAAGAACUUGUUCGAUUGAUGCAGAAAGACCAGUGGUUGUUGCUCAGUCAAAGAAAAAAGUAUCAAUAUUUUCACGAUUUAAAAGAGGAAAAGAUAAAGUAUUAGUAAUGAAUGUCUCUGCUGAAUUUGUUCCUUUUUCAGUCAAAUUCUUUGCAUUGGCAUAUUUUAGAUUUCCAUCAUUCAGAGUUAAAUUAACACAGUAUUAUACAAAUUUAUUUCAAAUAAAAAUUAAUUAUUCACCAAAAAAAUCACUUCUGAAACAUUUUCCAACAUUACUUUGUUGGGAUGAAUUUGAUCAAAAAUUAAAACCAAUGGAAUUAGAAGUUGAUUUAUCGUUCUUAAAGAAUGAAAAAGCGUUUUUUAUAAUGAUUUUUAGAGAAGUUGUUUCUGUAUUGGAAAAACAUACAACAAAUAAAGUUUUACAAUGGUCUAUAUUUAAUGGAUUUGAUGUUCUUCUUGAAACAUAUUUAAAAUAUUAUAAUAGUUUAGAUAUUUCAGAUCCAUAUAUACAUACUAUAGAUGGUGUAAUUGUUACAUCAGUUCAUCCAAAGAUGAUUAAUUUUUUUAUGAGUUAUGAAGUAAAACGAACAAAUUUCUUUGAUCCAGAUGAUGUUUUAUCAACAAUAUCAGAUCUUGAAUUUUUUUUUGAUAAAUUAAGAAAUAAAGUGUUAUUAUUAAAAAAAGAAUUUGAUAUUAAAUUGUUUUGUAAUUUCAUUGAUAAAAUUAUCGAAAGUGAAAAUGUAAUUACUAUUCAAAGAAUACUAACAUUAUUAUAUUCAUAUGCCGACCUUUUUAGUAGUCGUACUAGGCAAUACUUUUUUUUAGAUUAUCUUCUUGAUAAACAAUUUAGUUCAUUAGCAUAUUUUUGGGAAGAAAAUGUUAUUAGUUUAUUUGCUCAAUUACUUUUAUUUAAAGGAACAUUUGCAAAAAUUAAAAAUAUUGAAAAUAAUUCUUUAGAUGAAGUUGAAAAAAAAUUGUAUGAAGUCCAAGAAAGUAUUGAUGGAAUAACUCCAUUACAAUUAGACAUUAGAAUUAUUAAAAAAGUAAGAAGAAGAUUUGAAAAGGUAAGAUUAGAAAAAUUAACACAUUCUCAAAAGAAUUAUAUUAAAUCAAGUAAACGAUUGUAUGAAUACUUUACUGAAAUAUAUAAUGACUGGCAAAAUUCAGGAUCAGACGUUUUUCCAAAUCUAGUUUUUGUUCAUUCGAUUAAAGAGAAAGAUGAAGUUGAUGUUGGAAAUCUUUUCUGA